GGACGAGUAAUUGGUUGGUUUGUUUUAUUUUUUGCUCAAUGCGACACAUAUGGGUAAUAUGAUUAUUCUGAUAGCAGUGGGCAACAACGGGGCCAGUCAAAUCCCAUUGCGAAAAGGUGGGUGAAUUGGACUUUGUAGCUGUUACAGAAAUGUAAUUACGGUAUCAAGUGUGAUUUGCGUCCUUUUUUCUGGCGUUUUGUUUAGAAAAUUGGAUCCUUGCUCUGGCAUACAAGUGUGGUUGAGCAGCGCAUCCAGCCUUUAUUUAAAAGGCAGCCCGUGGGAUACGGGACUCGUAGUCGAAUUCCACCAGCAGUCCGUAAAAGAUGCUCACCUUGAGAAGGAACGGAAUUUUCUAGGAUAAGUUCAGAUUUGUUCGCACAUUUGCGCAAUCAAUCUUGUUGCGGUUGGAAUUGUGUGAAACCAAAGUGAAGAAAUAUGAAAACUACUGUUUCUCUGGGAAUUUGUGUGCUGUGUUGUCUGGUGGCGUUGAUCGCGGCCGAGGCUUUUGGAUAUGAGACUACUGGCGAUACACAUUCAACGACAACGACAACGACCAAAAAUGAACGAAAUUUAGUGAAACCUACCAAUUAUGGCGCUGGUACAAAUAACCUAGAACCCGUUUUGGAAUACGUACCCAACGAUCUGGCCGUGUAUAAGCACCAACAUGAAAAGAGAGAGAUACUGACUCAUCCGAGUGGAUUGGAGACCGUCCAGUCGGAUCCACAGCAACACCUCCGUGGUCGACGCUUACCCUUCUACGUCGAAGAACCCCGAUAUGUCGUAUUCAGGCAACCAUCGUUUUUCCAAUCCAAUCCAGGCUUAUCCUUCAUUCCCCAACGUGGAAGAAAAUCCGACCCGUUAGCGGCAACGGCGUUGGAAAAGCGAGAACUGUCGAUCAAACAAAUGCUGGAAGGUAGUGACUAUUUUGUACCGAAUCGUGGCAAGAAACGGGUCGGCAAUGGGAUUUCCAAAAAGAUUAAAUUUGAUGACAUUCUCGGUUCGGAUGAACUGUUCAUCCCCAAUCGAGGCAAGAAAGAAUUGAUCGACUUCUUCUCCCCAUCGUUCGGCAGCGGUAGCGUUAGUGGUGGUAGGAUGCUAAACGAUCUACAACCGCUCUUCAAUAAGAAGAACGUUUUGAAUGCAAUCCAGAACGUUGGCAGCAAGGAUGUUGAGAACGGGGAAGAACUGUUCUACCCGACUCGGGGUAAGAAGAACAUCUUGGAAAAUCUGGCACAAAGCCAGGACACGUUCUUCUCGUCGCGUGGCAAGCGAAAUCCAGUCAUUUGGAGUAUGCUGAACCAGGAACUGAGUCCGUGGGAAUACCUGACAGUCGAUGAUAGCAGCUACGAUGCCGACUCAGCACUCGAUCGCUAUCAAACUAACAAGAUUAUCACGUAAAGAUACGAAAUCAACAACAACAACAACAACACAAACUAACGGGGGACUGACGUGUUUCAUGAAUUCAUUAACCAGCUUGUUGUAAAGAAAUUAGUUUUUUUUUUUCACAAAAGAAGAUGAUAAAAUAUUCAUAGAAGAGAUAUUUCAGAGAUUGAAAUAAAAUCAAAAAAUGCAAA